AUGUCACGUGAAGAACACGAACGCUCUCGUUAUACAGCCGCACAACGCACUUUUGACGGUGCCUACAUGCGCACGGCAUUGUCACAGCUCACAUUCUCGUUGACUGUGAUCAAGAUUUUCCAGCCGGAAUUUUUUUGGAUUGGUCUGAUGAACUGCGUACUGGCCGUAGGUCUAAUCAUCACUGCAGUCCUUCGGCACCGAAUGACGAUGAGGUAUAAGGAAAAGGUAUUUACUAUGAUUGAAGAACGACGCAAAGCAUCAAGAAACAUGGGAACGAGUGAUGCAACUGCGUCUCAUCUUAAUCCAGAAACAUAUACAUUUCUUCCUCAUUUUCAGACUGCAGGUCAUAUUGUUGUAUUCGUCAUGUUGAUUUCCAUUUGCGUGGAAGUCAUCAUAAUAUACCUUCUAGCUAGGCUGUAA